GUGGCGGAGGCGCUGCUGUAGAUUGGUCACAGGGAUAAGCCUGUGAUCGUUCCCAUUGGCUGGUCUGUCGAAGGGUGACGCGGAUUGGUAGGACGGAACAACCUAGGUGCUAGUUGGCAGAGCUCUCGCUGGAUGGAAUCUCCGGUCGGGGAGUGAUGGUGGCGGCAGAGAAGAUGGGCCGGGCAGGGACCAUGGCGGUGGCAGCAGAGGUGGCAGGGGCGGGGCAGCUGGCAGUAGAGGAGGCUGUGGUUUUCAGGGGGCUGUAGGUGGAGGCAUGGCUCGUGCCAGCGGCGGGAACGGAAGCGAGGAGGCCUGGGGGGCACUUCGAGUGCCGCAACAGCAGAGUCCAGCAGCGUCUUCUCUUGAGGGAGCAAUUUGGAGAAGAGCUGGAGCCCAGACUCGCGCCCUGGAUGCCAUCAUUUAUCAUCCACAGCAUUCCCCUCUGCUUCGAGAGCUGUGCCCAGGAGUGAACAACCAGCCCUACCUCUGUGAGAGUGGUCACUGCUGCGGGGAGACCGGCUGCUGCACCUACUACUAUGAGCUCUGGUGGUUCUGGCUCCUCUGGACUGUCCUCAUUCUCUUUAGCUGCUGCUGCGCCUUCCGCCAUCGACGGGCUAAACUCCGGCUGCAGCAACAGCAGCGGCAGCGUGAGAUCAACUUGUUGGCCUACCACGGGGCAUGCCAUGGGGCUGGUCCUGCCCCUGCUGGCUCACUGCUUGACCUUCGCCUCCUCAGCGCCUUCAAACCCCCAGCCUAUGAGGAUGUGGUUCACCGCCCCGGCACACCACCACCUCCUUACACUGCAGCCUCAGGCUGCCCCUCGACAGCUUCCAGUGAAUGCACUUGCUCCUCCUCUGCUUCUAGCUGCCCUGCCCACCGCGAGGGAACAAAUGUGGAAGGUGUUUCCUCCCACCAGAGUACCCCCCUUCAUCAGGAGGGUGAGCCUGGGGCAGGGGUGAGCCCUGCCCCCACACCCCCCUCCUGCCGCUAUCGCCGCCUCACUGGUGACUCAGGUAUUGAGCUCUGCCCUUGUCCUGACUCCAGUGAAGGUGAGCCAGCCGAGGAGGCUAGGGCUGGUGCCACCCCACCAGACGUGGAGGGACAGUCUCCUUGUGCACCGCCCCUAAAUCCCAUCCCCCAGGUCUCUCCCCUGGGGCUGGCUUCCAGUGAGGGGGACAUCCCUUAAGCAGCUCUGGGAGGGUGGGUGGGUUGCUUGCCCACCAGAAAUAACCCUGUUCCCAACGCCCUGAGUUUUCCUCGGCCUCUUUCUGCCCUCCUGGAAUCUGAAAGGGCUGGAGUCCUGAGGGGAGGGGCAGUGUUUGGGGGACUGUGCUAGCUCUACCCCCCCAAGACAUACACAGAAGCCUUUGAUCUCAUUAAAGAGAUGUGAACCAGC